GGAUCUGUUACCUAAUAUAUUCAUUGCUUCUCUAAAAUGUACAUUCUUUUUUCCUUUUUGUAAUGUUUUUAACCAUUUCCCAGUGAGUAUUUCGUUUACGCCUUUCCAUCACAACUUUAUGAUCGUCAACUGAUUUAUGAUUUGACAUCCGUUUAAAGUUUUCGUGGAUUAUGGAGUCGUGCGCUUUCCCUAGUAUCACACGUACAGCCAGGCUUUGAUCCAGACGCCUACUCUAUACAGUGUGAUAUAUUACUCCAGUGUGUACAAAGAUGGAGGACUUAACGUGUUCAAAUGAGACCAUGAUGCCAUUGAAAGCUCCAAGUAAUUGUACCAAUAUGUCAGUUUGCGAGAAAGAAGAGACUAACAUUAACAUGUAUGUUCCAAUGUCAAUGAUGGUAACGGGAAUGGCAGGCAAUUUGGCGGCCCUGCUAGUCCUUUACACAUUGUCAAAGGACAUCCAAAGGACGGUUUAUUUCCCGCUUCUCUCUGGAUUAGCUUGGGCUGAUUUGAUUGGUCAAGCUCUGACCAGUCCCAUACCAAUCCUUGUCUACUCCCAGAAAAUCAAGUUGGGCGGUUAUUUGUGUAUGUUUAACGGGUUUAUUAUGGUGUUUUUUGGUCUCCUGACACCACUCUUGGUCUGUGUCCUGUCUUUGGAACGAAUGCUCUCUCUGAAGUUCACGUAUUUCUAUCACAGGGUAGUUACCAUCCGUAGAGCACGUUUAACCGUUAUGUUCUGCUGUUUGGCCGUCUUUCUAUUUUGCUGCUUGCCUUUCCUCAAAUUCGGAGCGUAUUCGAUCCAGUUCCCAUGUACCUGGUGUUUCUUAAAGUUCCACCGGAAGAAGGACUCCCAUCUAUCAGCGUACGCCAUCUUGUUCGGUUUCAUCAACCUCGUUCUAAUCGCUGCCAUGGUAAUCUUCAACCUCGUUGUCGUUAUUACACUGCUGCACAUGCGCAGACAAAGAAGAGUGAACACGUCUCCGUCUUCAUCGAUAAAAAGAAUUCUUCCACCGACACCAGCUCCAUCAGUUUUGGCCAAAAUCAAAAUUGAAAUGGAAAUCAAAAUGGUGUGGUUUCUAUGUUGUAUCACCACAUUCUUCCUUAUUUGUUGGGUUCCUCUCAAUGUUCACAUUCUGGAGUCGCAGCUAACAAACAAAACGCAAUCAAAGAAAGAUCUUCUCUCCGUUCGCCUAGCCUCAAUUAACCAGAUAAUUGAUCCUUGGCUGUACAUACUGCUACGGGGAAAUCUCUUCAGAAAAAUAUUCAAUUACGUCAAAAAUAUAUUCCCAAGAAAACGCAAGCGUUCGCUGAAGACAAAAAACGAACAAUACAAGCACAAGCCUCCGCUCAUCAAGCAAAAUUCUCGUUCAAAUAAAAUAGCUUAUAAAGAAAUGUGUUGCUUAACAUCACAAACAGACGAUAUGGCGGAACGUGUCCAUAUAAAAUCAAACGACACUUCCGUACAGCAUAAGACUAUUGAUUGUAAAGAUAUAGAGUCGAACAUUUGCAAUGAAAAUACCGAUCAACAUCAGAACGAAAUUUCCAAUAGCAAUAGCUACCAAAUGAGUUCUUACGCCCAAUUAGGGGAAGGUGGCAGUAUCCCUGCAUCUAUGACCUACCCGUGCAUAUCAAAUACUACAAAUGGCUUACGUCAGCUUCCUGAUUCCAUAGACUCUGUAUCUGAAAGCAAGUACUCAAAUAGGAAGUCACUGUAGUCAAACUUCAAUCGUCGACUAAUGUUUGAUUUGUUAUUUUAAAAUGAUAGAUAGGGCUGUGUUGGAUGAUGAUACGCAGUAGUCACAGUUGAGCGUUGCUGAUAAAACAGCGGAACUAAACAGUUCGUGAUAAUGUACGACCGACGAGAUUGGUCGUACGCUUUUGUACAAUUUACUGUAUUGUUUGCGUUGUUUAUAGAUGAACACGGCAGUAGCACAUUGUUAUUUGAGUUGUUUGUGGAGGGGCUAAACCCAAACCAACCCGUACGAAACUAAAAUCUGACUGACACAAAUGAAACGCUGCCAUACCAUAAACACUGAAAUGGUGAGAAAGGUUUAUUGAUGAAUUUUCAUUGAAUUUUCAUUAAAAGCCUACUAUUAAAGAAGUGAAUUUGUUCCAAUUGAAACAAAUCAAAAGACUCCGAUUGACUCUAUCACCAAUGACUGCUUGUCAGUCAUAGUUAGAAAGGGAACACUUCUGUAAACUAAUUUAUUUCAACUACAGUUUCAUUAGGUGGAUAUUUCCCGGUGAAAGUAGCAUAUUGUUUGUUGUUGUUGCUACUGUUGUUAUUUACGUUGGUGUUACUGAGUAAUACCAAAGUUAACUCUUAGCUCAGAAUAAUGUUAUGGAAAUUAUCAAUCAAAAAUUCGUUUUUCCAGUAUUCAAAGCACGACGUUCAAGUCAUUAUAAUAAUGUAAGAUCUGUGAGCUUUAAUCAUUCAUACAGACCCCAUAUUGAAAAUAGCAGGAAAGUUGUGAAAGAUAUCUAUCUGUAACAUCAGUCAAGCCAGGCAAAUUAAUGAAAACUCCCACUUUUUGCCUUGCUGUUACUAGUCAUGGAAGGUUUCUGGCCUGGUCUUGUUCAACACUCGACCAGCAGAUCUUUGAGAAAUCCAUUUCAACCGCAGCCAUCACGUUUUGUUUUAUUCAGACAUUGUGUAUCUUGGACUACAUUAUAUACUAUGUCCUCUUUUUGUAAGGCAUGAUUUGAGGGAGAUUAAGUCGGGUGCAGAAGUUAGUCGCUUCGUAGUUUUAGUUUAACCCUCGGCCAGUUCUCAUUAAACAGACCUAUGAGUAAAAGCUUCUAGUCUUGAGCAUCCAGUGUUUUUGUUUGUUUGUUUUCUUCGGGUAUAGUUUACCUAGGACUACAUUAUCUUGUGUACGAUCUUUUUUUAAGACGGCAAGGCACAAGGAAGUAGACCUGGCUGCUCUUUCCAGCAGACCGAGUGACCGUACAGAGUUCCCUUCGUGUUGUUAUUGAGAGUGGUGGCCACUAGUGAGGGUUAUCUCUGAUCGAGUUGAGCUUAAAUCAAGACCAUUCCAACCUUGACCAUACUACCCUUUUUACGGGUAUAGUGUACCUAGGUCUACAUUAUCCAAUGUGCCCUUUUCUUUUUUUGAAACUGACAGGUGUGUUUGUAGAAUAGUAAUUUAACUGCUGUUUCUAGCAGAUUGAGUGAACGCAAGAGCAACCAUGAUGAGGUUUAUCACUGGUGUUGCUGUUGAAGCUUCGCAAAGCCUUGAGAAGGGAACGGAUGUCACACAAAAUCAAUUUGAAAUUCUACGUUGUUAAACAUAGGGUUAAACUUCUCGGUGAGAUAAGCAUGACACCCGGUUCACGUACCCGAUGAGUCUAUCGGAUACAUUUCCCUUAGGUUAUAACACAUAUGUCAUUAAACAGUUUCGAAAAAGCAUAAAGGCCACAGCUUCUCAUUUGCAUUCCCCUGAAAUCAUAGACUUCAUAUAUUCAUUACGGUCAGUAUCUUCGUUACACACAA